AUGAAGCAACGAUUAACAACAAGAUUUAGAAAUCGAAAAGUAGUAUUUAAAAGAUUAGAUAAUGUUGAAAGUGCAGAUCAAAGUUGGUUUGAAGAGGCAAAAUCACAUUUGGCUAUAAGCAAUAAACAUCCAAAUAUUGUCCAAUGUUAUGGUUUAAUGCAAGAUCCAUCAAAUGCUUGUAAGAUUUGA